AUGGUGAACUGUUGCAGUGUUUUCGGGUGUUCAAAUCGGUCCGACCGCGAAAAAAACCGCUCAUUUCAUCGUUUGCAAAAAAUAAUAACGCAUUUGGAUCAGCAAACGAAGGAGUAUUCUACUGAACGAAGAAAUAAGUGGCUAAGUAACAUACGACGUGCAGAUCUCGAGGGGAAAAAGUUUGUUUGGGUUUGUUCUGAUCAUUUCAUAACUGGUAAACCCGCGGCUCUGUUUCAAAAGUCCCACCCAGAUUGGGCCCCCACCUUGCGUUUAGGUCAUUUAAAUGUAAAAUCAGAAACUUCUUCUCGCUGGGAAAGACGCAAGGAGCGAUCAGGAAAACGUACCGCUUCGCAAUUGGAAGGCUUAGACCGGCCUACAGAUGUCGUAGAUAACACUGAGUCCUUUACGUUCGACGAGCAAUCGACUAACAACGAUGGAAACAGCUCAUCUCCAAAGUCAAUUUCAAUUGGGGUUCAGACGGACUUUACGAUGCUUGAUAUUGAAAACCUGGAGCAAAACUUGUCUUUAUUGGAGAACGAUAAUAAAGGUCUAAAAGAAAAAGUAAUUUCUAUGAUACCAAUCGAUAUUAAUAGAUUGCAGCAGGAUAACGAAAUGGUUUCGUUUUUAACCGGUAUGCCCAAUUAUCUUUUGUUGAUGUCAGUGUUUUCAUUCCUUGCUGACUCUAUUUCACAAACACACCGGAAUUGUUUGACAAUGUUUCAAGAGUUUUUGCUCACUAUGAUAAGUCUCAGGUUAAACUUAACAUUUCAGGAUUUGGCUUAUCGUUUUAAUAUUUCGAAGUCAACGGCUUCAAGAAUUUUUGAUAAAUGGAUCGAUGUCAUGGCUAGAGAGCUUAAAUUUCUCAUAAAGUGGCCAGACAGAGAAGAGCUCCAAAAGACUAUGCCUCAUGAUUUUGUUCAAGCCUAUGGUCGUACAGUAGUUGUUGUGAUCGACUGCUUUGAAGUAUUUAUUGAGCGUCCAGGUGAUUUAUUGGCCCGUGCAUGCACUUGGAGCAAUUAUAAACAUCAUAAUACAGUAAAGUUUUUGAUUGGUAUCUGUCCACAAGGUGUCAUUUCUUUCAUUUCCAAGGCAUGGGGAGGUCGCACGAGUGACAAAUAUUUGACAGAAAACUGUCACAUUUUAAACAGACUGCUUCCAGGUGACAUUGUGUUGGCAGACAGGGGCUUCAUCAUCAGCGAAAGUGUGGCACUAAAGGGGGCCAGAUUGGAGAUACCAGCCUUUACCAAAGGGAAAGGCCAAUUAUCAUCCCUUGAAGUUGAAGAGACACGAAGAAUUGCAAAUGUGAGAACUCAUGUUGAACGAGUUAUAGGCCUGGUACGUCAGAAAUUCCAAAUCCUUAGUGGUAUUCUUCCCGUUGAAGCAUGUUAUAGUCAACAUUCCAGUCCCCAGAUAGACAAGAUAGCAGUGGUGUGCUGUGCUCUUACAAACAUUUGUGACUCUGUUGUUCCAUUUAAUUAG